GGCGCCAGGGUGUGGGGGGCUGACGGGACGGGCUCGCUCCCGUCACCUCAGUUCACCUCCUGCAUGCCGCCGGGGCCGGGGGCGCUGUGGAGCGGGGCUCGGGCCGCCCGCCCGCCAUGGCCGAGGCAGGAGCGGGAAGCACCGAGGGGGCCGAGGAGGAGCGGCGGGCCACUGAAGAUAAUUUCACAGUAGAUGGAAAGACGUGCGUUGCUUCUGGAGUCCCCAGCCUCAUGAAUCCGAUAACUAAGCCUGCUGCCAUUGCUUCUUUCAAUGCUUCUGCAGCUGAGAUUCCAAGGAAGCGCAAAGGAAGUGAUUCUGAUAACCAGGAUGCAGUUGAAGCUGAUGGUGAUGCUCAGAAAAGGAGUGAAGAUGAAGAACACGUUAAAAUAAAAGAUUUCAGGGAGGCUCACAGUCAAACAGAAAAACGAAGAAGAGACAAAAUGAAUAAUUUGAUAGAGGAAUUGUCUGCUAUGAUACCUCAGUGCAAUCCCAUGGCGCGAAAGCUAGACAAGCUUACAGUGUUACGGAUGGCUGUGCAACACUUAAAAUCUUUAAAAGGUUCCACUAGCUCUUAUACAGAAGUCCGGUAUAAACCUUCAUUUUUAAAGGAUGAUGAGCUCCGACAGUUAAUCCUUAGGGCUGCAGAUGGAUUCCUAUUUGUGGUUGGAUGCAACAGAGGAAAAAUUCUGUUUGUCUCAGAAUCAGUUUGCAAAAUACUUAAUUAUGAUCAGGCCAGUCUAAUUGGACAAAGUUUGUUUGAUUACUUGCAUCCAAAAGAUGUUGCGAAAGUUAAGGAACAACUUUCUUCUUCGGAUAUCUCUCCUAGGGAGAAGCUCAUAGAUGGGAAAACUGGCUUGCAAGUACACACAGAUUUUCAAGCUGGACCGGCUCGACUAAAUUCUGGUGCUCGACGUUCCUUCUUCUGUCGGAUAAAAUGUAAUAGGACCACAGUCAAAGAAGAAAAGGAGUGCUUGCCCAACCCAAAGAAGAAAGAUCACAGAAAAUACUGUACCAUUCACUGUACUGGGUAUAUGAAGAACUGGCCUCCUAAUGAGGUGGGAGUAGAAGAGGAAAAUGAUGUAGAAAAAGGCAGUAGUAACUUUAACUGUCUUGUUGCAAUUGGGAGGUUACACCCUUAUGUUGUUCCACAAAAGAGUGGAGAGAUAAAAGUCAAAGCAACAGAAUUUGUUACACGAUUUGCCAUGGAUGGAAAAUUUGUUUAUGUAGAUCAGCGUGCAACAGCAAUUUUAGGGUAUCUGCCACAAGAGCUUCUAGGAACUUCUUGUUAUGAGUACUGCCAUCAAGAUGAUCACAAUCAUCUAGCUGAAAAACACAAAGAAGUGUUGCAGAAUAAAGAAAAAGUAUUUACAAAUUCCUACAAAUUUAGAGCGAAAAACGGGACUUUUAUUACUUUAAAGAGUCAGUGGUUUAGUUUCAUGAAUCCAUGGACCAAAGAACUGGAGUACAUUGUAUCAAACAACACUGUGGUAUUAGGUCAUAACGAGUCAGCUGAAGAACAGGUCCUCUAUGGUUCCCAGCCUGCAGAAGAUGCUGUAAAACAGACUUUAGUAAGUGUACCUGGAAUGUCCUCUGGAACAGUUCUUGGUGCUGGAAGUAUAGGAACCGAAAUUGCAAAUGAAAUACUAGAAUUGCAAAGGUUGCAUUCUUCACCAUCUGGGGAGUUAAGUCCAUCACAUCGCUUGAGAAAGGCGCCUUCUCCAGCUCUAACUGUAAACUGCAGCAAUGUGCCAAAUAAAGAGGCGAUUCAGUUAUGUCCUUCGGAAACAGAAGUUCUAGAGACUUCAGAACAAAACCAGGGUGCUAUUCCAUUUCCCAAUAAUGAACCUCUCCUCAGUGGUAAUUCUCAGCUGGACUUUGAUGCAAUAUGUGAAAAUGAUGACACUGCUAUGACGGCUCUUAUGAAUUACUUGGAGGCUGAUGGAGGACUUGGGGAUCCAGCUGAACUCAGUGAUAUACAAUGGGCUCUCUAGUUUUGCUUUUUCAAAAUAAGAAGGAAUGUAAAAUUUGUAAUGCACAAAACCGUACAUCCUCAGUACUGUAUUAUAGUUUUUUAAUGUUUCAUUUGAAUUGCUGUCUAUAUAUUUUUAAAGACUGAAGCCUUGUUCAGAGAGAGACAGUUUCUGCUGCACCUAUGGAAAGAUGCACUAUUUUUUUCAUGAGGGGAAAUAUUGAAAUUUUAAUACUGAACCAUCUAUAACUGGAAUGCUUAAAACACAUUACUAUAUUUUUGCUAGAAAGCUUUAACCAAAAGGUACUGUACAAUGUACAGGAUUUUUUUUUCUUAGUUUUAAUACUUACUUUUAUUUAUUGUUUUUGUUUCAAACGGUAGAAUAUUGAUCAUCCAUGUUACUUUCUGUAGAACCUACUGUUUCACACAGUUUUAAGAAUAUUUGUAACUAUGAAAUCUCAGUGAAAUGAUUUGCACACACUACAGUUGUAAAAUAACUGACUGUAAUUCUCAAAUGAUGCAGUUUGUGGUUCCUUGCCCUUUUCAGAAGUGCGAUUUUUUGUAGUCAAAAGUGUAAAUAAAGCAUGCAGUUCUGGGAGCAAGAAUUUGAAUUGGAUCACCGUAACAAUCAGAAGAGAGUGUCUGGAGAUGUAUAGUAAUUUCCCCAGUUUGCAAACAUAACGAGUGUAAGAAAAAUGCAACAAAAUCUUAAUUACUAUCUUGAAUUAUUUGUAAUGUGCUAUUAGAGGGGCAGUGCAUAGAACCUAAGAAAAAUAAUGCUAUACCUAUUGCAAAGCACUUCGAUCUCAUCACAGGUUAAUUACUAACUAGAGAAGUCUGGAUAGAUUGUCUUGGUUCCAGAAUGAGGCUAGUACUGUCUACUAGUGAAAAAAAUGUUAAAAUUCUAUAGUAUUUUAUAGUUUCUGUGUUUUUGGAGAGAUUAGGGUGACUUUUCUAUUGCUUGAGUCUGUGACUUUUUAAAAUAUUUGUGUAAUAUAGUGCUGUCUGUAAAUAAAUGCUAUAUAGGAUGAUCUUUUGGAGGACAGCUUUUGCAAGAAUUGUCCCAGUUACAGCAAAUUACUCAAGAACAUGGCACUUAAUAGGUUGUAUUAAAAGAAUAUAGCAUUAAUAUACAAAGUGGAUCUCAAUCUCUGGUAUUAAAAGUUCAGACAAAUUUUUGCAUUGCUGAUGUAUUACAAAAGCAUAGUUUUUCUGUUGUGUUUUUUUUAUUCAGGUAAUGCAAGGAAAGCAUUUGAAGAUAUUUGAUACAUGUGCAUAUUUUUAAUACAGACACUUAAACAUAGGUACUACCGUAAGCGUGGUGGUGUUCGCUUUAACACUAAAGGUGAGCAAUGGGCAGCGUGCUUCAAAUAUUUUUACGGAGGCCCAAGUGUGUGACCAAAUAGAUGUGGUAGCCACUAGAUGUCAUGCUUUACUGUUGGAUAACUACUGUUUCCUGAAUAAAUUCAUCACUGUGUCAUGCACUGGCUUCCUAUGCUUUGACAGAGCAGCUUUAUAUCUUAUAGAUAUGAAUCGUUUUGCAAAUGAUGAAUUUUUUGGUGACAUCUUGUCCAGAUUUUCUAGAACAGCUUAUUGAGUUAAGAUUUUUAAGUCUAUAGAUUUUUUGCAUUCAGCUUGCAUGUGACUUCCUGCAUUCAGCUUUUAGUUUUUUUGUUUUGAUUUGGUUUUUUUUACAGAUAUGGGGCCAAAAUUAUCUGUUCUCUAGCUUUAUUAGAAUAAACUUUUAUGUUUCUUUGCAGAAAAUUAAUUUUGGGCUAUAUCAUGGAGCAAAGUGAGAAAAACAGGCGCUUUCUAAGAAUUGAUAGAAUUCUAUUUGUAUAAAUGAAAUCUGAUAAUUUCAAUUUCUUCCACUGUAAAAUGCAGUUUAUUUUUUCCAUUUUAUUCUAGAAAUAAAUUCUAAAUAAAACAAAAAGUACUGUAGCUAACAUUGAUAAAUUAGUAAAUAAAUACCUUAAAAUUAUACAGGCUUUCUUCAACAUAGCUUCUUUAACUGGAUUAGUUUCAAAAUGGUGCGGAUGUUGUUAUUGAAGGAGAAUAUUAAUUCUUUACAAGAUUUAUAUAACUGUCUAGAGUCAAAUCACUAUUUUUGGAUUCUUCUUGGGUUUCCCUAAAAAAUAAAAACAAAAAUGUAACUUUGA